AUGCCAGGGGGACUCAGCUGUGCGCUCCAGCCACUCACCGGCAAGCUGUACACUUACUUCCGCGCAAAGUGGAUCUUCCUGAUCUUCGUGCUCGUCUUCGAGCUCGGUUCCCUGCUUUGCGGUCUCGCCACCUCGUCGAACAUGCUCAUUGGUGGCCGCGCGGUCGCCGGCAUCGGGGCAUCAGGGCUGUCGAACGGGGGGCUGACUAUCAUUGCUGGAGCCGUGCCGUUGGACAAGAGCCCGUUGUAUACCGGCAUCAUGUUGGGCAUCGGUCAAAUUGGCCUGAUAUCGGGUCCUCUCGUUGGGGGUGCACUUACGGAAUCCGCUACCUGGCGAUGGUGUUUCUACAUCAACCUCCCAAUCGGCGGCGUCGCAGCAUUGAUGAUACUCCUAGUCAAGGUGCCCGAGAUCACCAAGAAGAAGGCUUUCUCGCCCGGCGCGGUGAGCAGGGUCCUCCCGAAACUCGACCUAGUCGGCUUCGUGCACUUCGUCCCGGCCGCCAUCAUGUUUCUGCUUGCCCUCCCGUUCGGCGGCGAUGGCACAUAUGCCUGGGGCAGCGCUACGAUCAUUGGGCUAUUCGUUGGCGCGGCGGCGACAGCUGUGCUGUUCGGACUAUGGGAAGCGCGCAUGGGAGACAGUGCUAUGAUUCCCGCCUCGCUGCUACGGAAUCGCAUAGUAGUGUCCAGUGCUGGCCAGACCCUGACACUGGCGUGGUGCAUUUUCGUCCCCAGUUUCUACCAGCCCAUCUACUUCCAGGCCGUGAAAGGGGGAAACACCAACACUGAGUGGCUCUCUCGAUUCGGUUACUACCUGCCGUUCGCAGUUAUCGGCAUGACGGUCACGGCCAUUGCCAACGGCCUCAUUUCAACCUUUUCGCCAACGACCAGCAUCGGUCAAUGGGUUGGGUACCAGAUCCUCAUGGGAGCUGGGCGGGGGUCCUCAUUGCAGAUUAAGCAGUCUUUCAUCGCGAUACAGAACGCUCUGCCCGCUAACCAGAUUCCCGUCGCCCUGGCCUUCAUCAUCUUCUCCCAGAACUUCGGCGGUGCCGUCGCCGCUGUUGUUGUCACCACGGUGUUCAAUCGUAGCUUACUCGCACAACUGAAGGUCCUGGUACCCAGUCUGUCGCCCGCAGCCGUGUUGGCAGCCGGGCCAAGCGCGGACGCUGUGCGCGCGCUGGCCCUGCCGGACAGUCCACUGCUCUCGGGGCUUUUGAUCGCCUACUCGAAAGCUGUCCAAAACUUGUUCUACAUGCUGGCUGGCCUCGCGGUGUUAAGCUUUGUCUUCUCUUUGGGAAUGGGCUGGAAAGAUAUCAGGACGCACAAAUCAGGCGACAAGAGCGUGUUGGACACUCGGUCAGAGAAGGGGAAAGUCUGA